AUAAAUUAUAUCAAAUCUUAUCUAACAUAUGAGUUAUAACAUAUAAUAUUACACCAAAAUAACAUAUCGUACUUAGAUCCAACAUAUAGUGAAAAUUCACACACACUUAUAUAACACAAAUAUUCAAAUGUUCAACUUAGUAUUCCAAAAAUUGAGUUAGGCGAAAAGAAAAAUUGGAAAAUAGGCGCAUUUCGCAAACUAAAGAAAAAAAUGACACAAUUUGACCUCCAACUCGGUACCUUAUAGCGGUCGGCCCGGCGGGUGCGUGCGGCCCGUUUUUCUCACCGGGUCAUGGUCAAAUUGGGUCGACCCGUGGGUCAACCCGCGGGUUGACAACCUUGAUGGGAAGGAAAAGGAUUUGGCUGUCACGUGAGUCCGUGCAGUUUCCCGUUAUGCGGUUGAGGGAUUCGAAUUUUCAUCACAUAUACUUUUCUUCGCUAUUCCCAUCCAAAUCCCUCCUCCCUUCUGUUUGUUCCCAAAUCCAGCGAACACCCUUCCCUCUUCCGGUCGGGGUUUUCCGCUCUCUCCGGCACACGAUCCCAACGCCAUCACCCCCCAAUUCCCUCACCAUCUAUCCAUUUCAGCCAUCCCAUUCUUCUUAGGCGGAAAAUCGAUCGGCCGCCAUAGUCUUCUUACAAUUCCAUUCCCUAGGCGUUCAUUCUCGCCGUCGGCGACACAAUUCCGCCGCCGUUGCUCCCUUCCACCCCCAGUUCUUUCCCUGAAAUUUUAGCCAAGGAUUUUCCCCUGCGACCACUCUCUGCCGCCAUUACUACUAUGAACACCCAAUAGCAAUUAACACUCUUUUGGUUUCCUCAAUGUGCAGGUUCAUAUACAUCGGGGAAAAAUGUGCAGGUUCAUCCCCACUAUUGUGUUUCUUCAAAUGCUGAAAAUAAAGGAGAAGAUACUUCCUCAACAAUCUCGGCUGAUCAUCCCCAUGAAAAUUAUACAUUGGGUGACGCUUAGUCCCAAUGUUUACACAUCAAGAAAAACCCAUUAUACGACUUUCUCAAGAAUUUGAAAGCAUCCCUCUCAAAGUCAACGAGGACGCAGAGACACCUACAUUUACUGAUGAAGAGAAAUUCACGGUUCAACUCUCCAAUAAAAGCCAGUAAGUUGAAGUUUAGGUUCCUGAAAUUAAUUAGCUUCCAUCCUAGAUGUUUCACAUGUACUCAGGUAGACAUUCAACGAACUUUCGGCAUUUCUAGUUGUUGAUGUAAUUUCGACUUGUAAUGAUCAGUUCGGGAAAGAAACCCAGAAGUUGCUUAGGCAGCACAGGUAAGCGAAACUCUGGUUAUUGAGGUUUUGAAUUUGGUCAAAAGCCCUGAAUUGGGCGUUAGAUUCUUCAUAUGGGCAGGUCGUCAAAUUGGGUAUUCACAUAUAGUUUAGCGGUGUACAAUGCGUUGGUAUAGUGGCUGCAGAGGAACAACCAUAGUAGUGCUGAUGAUAGAAUACCUGGCAGUUCUUGCAGGAGAUUAGAAAUAAUGAUAUGGAAGUACUGCAGAAAUUGCUUAAGGUGUUGAUUCGCAAGUGUUGUCGAAAUGGUUUAUGGAAUACUGCUAUGGAGGAGCUAGGUAGACUUAAGGAUCAUGGCUACAAGCCCUCGAGAUCGACUUACAAUGCUUUGGUUCAAGUGUUUCUGAAAGCAGAACGGUUAGAUACUGCUUCGCUGGUUCAUCAGGAAAUAUCGGGUUUAAGCCUUUAAGGUACAUCAUUGAUGCUUAUACCUAGGGCUGCUUGAAGUUGAUCGAGGACGAGGAGUUCAAACCUGAUACUGUGCUUUUCACCAACAUGAUAUCUGGAUUGUGCGAAGCAUCACAGUUUGAAGUAGCCAUGGAUUUCUUAACCAGGAUGCAUGUGUAUUCUUGUAUCCCAAAUGUAUUGACUGUCAGGAUUAUGUUAUGUGUAAUACGAGCCUAGUUGUGCUCGUUAGAAAAUCAAUACGCGCAGCUCGAUUCUCCUUCAAUGAACUUGAAUUUCAACAACUUAACACGAAAAUAAAACGGACCAAAGGUGCAACUUCACUCUUGGGAAGAGGCUCGAUUGGUUUAAGUCGAAGCUCGGCCACGAUUGAUGUGGUUUCAAUCGAUACGAAGCAAACUCGCUGCUGGAACGCAACCAACGCACAAGUAUUUGGUGACAAUGGUCACAACUUUUCAUUCAUCCAAAACUCCCCUUGUACACGAGGCUAUCAAGCCUUUAAAUAGAAAACAAACAGCCUAAUUCUAACUCUAAACUAACAAGGAAAGCAAUAUCUAACUCUAGCUUGACAAGGAAACAGAAUCCCAACUCUAAAAGGUAACAAAAACCAAUUGCUUCUCAUCCACACUGCUGCCUCCCUGCCACGCAAUGGUACCAGUCUCCAUAGCAUCUUUGAAGCCCUCGAUUGAAGUCUUCCAAGGAUCAACGUCCCUAACAGGCUUCAGUCGUUGCUCUCCUGAGUCCAUAGUUCAAUUUCCAACCCUUCUUGUCCUUCAAAGUUACACCAUCUGAAUUGAAUAAGCCUCCAAAGAUGGUGUCGGAAACUGUUCCCAGACUUAGCCAAAAACAGGCAUUUUUCCAGUUUUACCAUAGCAACUUGACACUCUUCGUUCAGGAACUUAGGGACUUGACUUUGUGCAAACAACCAUCCAGGAUGAUAAACAAACACCUUCCCUUCACUCUCCAAUCUUCCUCUCGCAUUUCCAUCAACCAUAAUGUACGAUAUGAAUCUGCAAAGCAAGCACCACGAAACAACCCAACCACUUAGCCAAAUUCGACCAUUUUUCACUCCAACGUUGAUUGAUCCUUUGGCCAUCAAUUGAAUUGUUUGUAGUUGCGAAACUUGGAUCAUAUCAAUGUGGGUGCUUGAAGAAGAAGCAGCUCAAUAGGUGUAAGAGAAUUAUCAGUAUGAUGAUCACAGAGGGUUGUUAUCCGAGUCCAGCCAUUUUUAACUCUUUGGUUCAUGCUUAUUGCAAAUCUGGAGAUUAUGCUCGUGCCUAUAAGCUUCUCAAGAAGAUGCCAAAAUGUGGUUGCCAACUGGGGUAUGUAGUUUACAACAUUUUCAUCGGCAGUAUUUGUGGUAUUCAGGAGAUGCCUGAUAUGAGUGUGCUGGAGUUGGCUGGAAGGCGUAUAAGGAACUGCUUGAUACAGGGGUUGUACUGAAUAAGGUUAAUGUUAGCAGUCUUGCAUUUGCAAUGCUGGGAAAUUCGAAGAGGCGUAUAGUGUCAUUAGCCAAAUGAAGAGCAAGGGGUUUACUCCUGAUACCAGUACCAGGAUGAAAAUGGUCGAGUUUGCAAGGUGCUCACACAUUGAACUUUGGCGGUAAAGUAAUUAAUUGACUUUUGGUUAGCAGAUUUGUUUAGGUCAGGACACACCAAGGCAAUGCCACAAUGAUCAACUCGGCCUAGUUUCUUUUUGUGGCUGCGGCUGUUGUAGUUGCUGUAAUAUUGUGGCCAAUGCUGCUGACCAGAUAGUGAUAUAUCAAUCAUCAGCAUAGCUCGUGUAAUUUACAUUCAUAUAUAUUGUUAAUAAGGAUCAUUAUUCAUCCUUGUCUGAAUAAAAUACAGCCAUUUGAGACGAUCGCAGUUGGUUUCCUACAUCACGUUAUGGCCUCCCGUCAUUAUUACUAUCACCUCCACCAAAUUGUGUCGAGUUUCCAUUCCAGAAGGUAUUCCUGCCAUUUGAACGGUCAUCAUCUUCAUCCAAGCGUGUGAAGUUAGAGCAUGGUAAGUGCUUUCCGAGCCCAUGUAAAAUAGUGAAAUAAUUUCAGUUGCUCAAUUUAUACAUGUUUAGAUCAAGUACAUGCAUGUGUACCCAUUAAAACAUGAAACAAAUUAUUAUCGCAAUCGCAAUUCCUCAGACCUCUAUUGACACGAUGGUUUAAGGUGUAGAAAGGAAACUUACUGUAUUGCCACAUGCUGCUUCCAGCAAGGCCCUCGUAAUUAGGGAUGUCAAUGGGACGGGUUGGGACGGGUUUUGCCAAACCCAAACUCAAAUUCAUGGGUUUAUUUGUCAAAAAAAUUUGGGGUAAAACUCGUUGGGUUUGAAAACUCAAACCCGACACAACCUGCUGGGUAUCCGUAGGUUCAUGGGUACCCGUGGGUUUUUGUGUAAAAAAACUAUAAUGACAAGUUUCUUUCAAAAUAAAAGUCAAACAAAAAUUUUCUCAUAUAAAUUAUCCAUACAAAAAACACUAAUCUAGAGCAUACAAGCAAACCGCAAAUUAUCAAUACAAAUUGUUCAAACUUAAAGAUGAACAUUUAUAAACAACAUGAUUAAUUGAAAGCUUCUUCCUCCUUGUCAACUAAACUUCUUCAAUCUUCACUCUCCACUCCAUAAUAUCAACUUCAUUAUACACAAUUAGAAAUAAUAAAUUAGACAUGUCUCCACAAACAUAAAGAAUAUUAAUUGUUUAAGGAAGAUAUAUUGCUUAGAAUAUUAAAUAUACUGGAAAAAUUAAUUAUUUAGGUGUGGGUGGGUACCCAUGGGCCAGGUAUACCUAAAUCCAAACCCAACCCGUGAAUAGUGUAGCGGGUUUAAACCCGAACCCGGCCCAAAACCCGUCAACACGGGUUUUACCCGCGUUGACCGGGUUGGGUCUGGUAGGGUACCCGUGGGUUCGGGUUUGUUGCCAUCCCUACUCGUAAUGUACCCGAAAUAUCCCCCGGGCCUUGCAACUGAUGAAAUAGUGUCAGGUGUACUAUCUUCAGGAGUAGGAUGACAAUUUUACUCAUACACAUGAGUAUUUUACUAUCCAACCCAAUUGGGUUGGGUAUGAAAUAUAAAUAGAUGGAUAUGAGUAGAGUUUGUCGGGUUUGUACCCAUACCCAUUUACUUGGGUUGGGUUGGGUUGGGUUGGGUUGGGUUGUUUACAAAUGGAUUCGGGUCUGUACUCAUGCUCAAAUGCAAAUUACAGUUUAGUAACUAAACUUGAUAGCAAUGUAAUUAAUUAGCAUGGUAUUUAUCUUCAUAAUAUUGUGAUGACUUUGUUUUAUUAUUUAUAAAUAAAGUCCUACCCAAUGACUUAAUGAGAUGGCCAAUGAGCAAUACAAACAAAAUUGGAUUCUUGUCUAACACGAUAAAAUCAUCACUAUUAA